AUGUCUCGCUGCUUUCCCUUUCCACCACCUGGGUAUGAAAGAGAGCACAUGCCUGAAGACUUGGAUUCAUUGAAAAAGGAAAAGCAUAAAGAGAAAAAGCACAAGAAGAAGGAGAAGGAACGACGAGAAGGUAAAGAAAAAAGGGGAGAAGAAAGAAGUGAUGAAAAACACAGGGAAAAGAAAGAUCGAAAAGAAAAAUAUAAGGACAAGAAGGAAAAACAUAGGGACAAAAAGAAGGGCACGGAGAAGGACAGGGAGAAAAACAAAGAGAAGAAAAGCAUCUCGGAUGAGUCAGCAGUUGCUGGGAAGCUUGAGGAAAGUAGUGGGGAUAAGCUUCAUUCAGGACACAAUAAAUUCAAAAGCAGUUUCACAUAUGAAACGAAACACGCUACACAAUUUCUGGAUCAAAAUGGAGGGAUUCUUGUUCAAAAUAGCCUUCUUCAGGGAUCUGAGGAAUCAAAAUUUGUGCAGGAGCUGGACAGGAGAAUUAGAGAUGACGAGAAGGGCGCAGAGAGCCAGUUGCUUGAAAGAAUUUCAGAUGUCAGCAAAAGGGAUCAAGGGGCAACUGCUAGAGCUGGUAACAGGGAUUCUUCAGGAGUAUUGGCAGGGGACAAGGGAAAGAACAAGGAUAAGAUAAUUGAUAGUAGAAAAGUAGAUGUGCUAGGAUUCAGGGAAGAGUUUGGUGCAAACAUGGCCCAGAACAAUGCUGGAAUGGCCAAAAGUAAAGUUGAAGCAAUGCCCAAACCAAUGGAGGAACACAAGGAUAGUAGGUUGGAAGGUAAAGAGAGAUCAAAAGAAAAAAGUGACAACAAUCAGGGAGACAAACACAAGGGCAAAGAUAGAGAUAAAAAGGUCCAUGGGAAGGACAGAGCCAGGAAAAAGGAGAAGAGAAGGGAGGAGAAGGAGAAGGGAAUAAUUGAAAAUAAGAAAAGCGAGCAGGAUAGAUCCAACCAUGUAGGCAGGAAUGAUCUUGUCGGUGUUACAAGCAAUGUAAGUACACAUCUAUUGAUGGACAUCAAUGGAAGUUCUGUCGAUGAGGGAAAUAUCAGGAAAAUAGAAGAUGUGAGUGUCAAUGGAUUUCUUCAUGAGAGCGAAGUCAGACCAAAUAAAUUGCAGAGGCUUACUCCUCACCAGCUGACAGAGAAUGAAAGAAAUUUUGAAGCUUGCCAAAAUCCCAUUGUAUCUGCUUCUUAUAAACAGAUGUCUCCUUAUAAUACUUGCUCGGAUAACGAUGACCAGAGGAUGACUGUUACUCUUGAAGUCCAUGAACCAUGUCCAUCUAAACCUACGCCUUUGACUGCUACUACGUCUAUUGAUCAAAAUGUUGAAACAUCAAAAAAAUCAGUCCAUCGAGAUUCCAAGUUUCCGAAUGAAGUCCUCAGGGUACCCAAGAUGGAGAAUCUAAAUGCUGAAGCUUCAAGGAGGCCUCCCCAUCCCGAUUUCAAGUAUCUUAGUGAGAUUCUCACAGUACCCAAGAUGGAGGAGUUGCAAACCGAUGACCAAGAGUGGUUAUUUUACAAGAAGGAUCCUCCAUCGAAUAAGCCCAAGGUGGGAUUUUGUGGGGUCAGGGAAGACAUAAGCGUAUGGUCUGGAGCUAUGUAUAUAGAAUCAGCUGAGGUUUAUGCUCUGCCAUAUGUCAUCCCUUACUGA